AUGUCCAUCCACCAGAAAGAUGAUCCAUAUAAAUCCUCAACAUUUGGUAAAUCAUUAUCAUUGAAGGUAGAUGGUGGAUUCAACGCCAUUUCUAUAAACCCUUCAGCAAGAGAUGUUGUACUAGCAAGCCGGCAAGGUCUUUAUAUUAUCGAUCUUGAUGACCCGUUCUCCCCACCUAGAUGGCUGCAUCACGAAACACCAUGGCAGGUGGCUGAUGUUCAAUGGUCACCACAUCCAGCUAAACCUUACUGGAUUGUAUCCACUUCAAAUCAGAAGGCUAUUAUAUGGAAUUUAACGAGGUCAUCCUCUAAUGCAAUUGAAUAUGCACUGCAUGGACAUACGAGGGCCAUUACAGAUAUUAAUUUUAAUCCACAACAACCAGAUAUUUUAGCUACUUGUUCUGUAGAUACAUAUGUCCAUGCGUGGGAUUUGAGAAGUCCAAAACGACCAUUUUAUUCAACGAGCCCGUGGAGGUCAAGUGCAUCCCAAGUGAAAUGGAAUUUUAGGGAUUCGAAUAUUCUAGCAUCUUCUCAUGAUAAUGAUGUCUUCAUUUGGGAUCUUCGGAAUGGUUCAACACCUUUGUCGAAAUUAGAAGGUCAUCAGAGUAGUGUUAAUAGUAUAGAUUUUAAUAGAACUGGUGGGUCUGAAAUUAUGUCAAGCUCAAACGAUGGUACAGUUAAAUUUUGGAAUUACCAGAGUGGAGGGAGUACUGAAUCAACAAGAACGGUUAGGACCGAAUUUCCGAUUUGGAGGGGCAGGUACCUUCCUUUUGGUAAUGGAUACUGUGUCAUGCCUAUGGUUGGUGGUGAAAAUUCUGUAUAUAUGAUGAGCCUAGACCAAUCUGAAGAUGAUCUAAGUGAAACUAAAACAGAUAAAAAUGCUAUUAAUUCUACAAAAUUACAACCUAUAUAUACAUUUAAGGGUCAUUCUGAUAGAGUUAUUGAUUUUCUGUGGAGGUCAAGGCAUACAUAUGAUACUAUGAUUGAUGAUAGAGAAUUUGAAUUGGUAACUUGGUCAAAAGAUUGUAGUCUAAGAUUGUGGCCAAUAGCAGAUAUACUCUACAACAAAGUGAAUUUUGAAAGAAACAAGAGAUUAAAAGAAAAACUUCCUAAUUAUGAAUAUAUAACAUACAAUCGAGAAGUUCAUGAUACCAUGAAUUUUAAUGACAACGAAUAUAAGAGGAUUAAAGAAACAUUCGUUACAACAUCCGGAUUGACAAAUAUGAAUAACGUUGACCAUUUGAACUGGCUUUCGGGUGUUCGAAUGAACGAUCAAAAUACACCUGACGAUUUGUUUGAACAACCAAAAUUGCAUAAUUUAGGAGAGGAGGUUAGUGCCAUUGGUCAAAAAUUUCCCAAAGUUGUCUUUGAAAAGAUAUCUGUCUCUACUGGUGAAAUAUUAUUAACUAUGAACGGCCCUUGGUCGGAUAGUAACCCUGAUGAAUAUAUAUUUUUGAGAAUUGAAAUUAAUGUACCAUCAUAUUAUCCACAUAGAGGGAAUGCUCCUGUAUUUAAAAUUGAGGAAAAUGGCAAUCUGACGGAUGUUAAAAAACAGGAAAUAUUGGCCAAAUUAAAUGAAAUUGGAAAAGUAUAUACAGAUUCUGAUUUGUAUUGUUUGGAGCAAUGUCUUCAUUAUUUGCUUGGGGAGAAAGUUUCCAUGGAUUUGGAUGACAAUAUUGAUGAACCACUAUUUUACCUUGAUGUGGCAAAUAGCGUCAACUUUGAUGAAUUUUCGACUAUGUCUGAGUCAAUUGAGUCAGUAAAAUCAACUGAAUCAUCUUCUGAUUCUGGAAAUAAUAUUUUUACAAACCCAUUUGAUCAGAAUCCUGAAACCAGGAAUACUUUUGGAAGAAAUCUUGCAUUCGAUACAACACCUGUUCCCAACGAAUGUGGGGCAAUAUGGACCCCAACUGGUAAAUUAUUAUGUUUCUUUUCGACUGAAAGUAAACCUGAGAGGAAACAGCGUAAUGUUCUAAAACUAACUAGAGAUAAUUUAAUGAUAAAAGAUGAAUCAAAACCGAUUACUAAAUCUUUAUAUGACGACAAUAAUAUAAGUGAAAAAGGUAUAGCGAACAGUCGACCAAAACGAUAUGUAGAUACAUUUUCAGCAAACGAUGCAAAAUCACGCGCAACAGAUGUGACCUCUGAUGGAGAGUCUACAUCAGAUGAUAGUUUCGGCAGUUUUGUAGAUGACUGGAAUGAUAUUGUAGGUAAUGAUAUUGUUGUAAGAACUAGAAUUCCUACCUUGUUGGGGAAUUUUGCAAAGUCUUUUGGGUCUGUUCACUCAGAGAGUUUAAAGACAGGAGAUUCCAGCAGAACCACAAAAAAUAUUAUUAUUACGAAAGAUUUUUAUUCGCUUUUCCAAGAAGAUAUAAGAUUGGCUUUAAAAUAUGAAAUAAUGAAUGAACAUCCAGAUGAAAUGGCCAGACAUAAUGCAUUAAUAGCAGAAAGGUAUGGAUACGAAGAAAUAAGUCAUUGUUGGCAGAUUUUAUCAGAUCUCCUAUUAGCAGAGAGAGAACAAAGUUUUACAUCAUUUACGUGGAAUAAUAAUCCAUUAGGUAUCAAGUGGUUCAUUAAGGAAGCAAUCAAAUACUUUGAGAAGGAGAGUAACAUUCAAAUGUUGGCUAUGUUAUGUUGCGUAGCUGCAAAUCUUUUCAUCUCAAAAACGAACUCUGCAGAUAUUUAUAAUGUGCAAGAAAGUUAUGAGAGUAUGGUAACAUAUGAUUUAGAUGGAGAACAUGAUAUAUGGCCUAACGAAGUUCAUUCUCAAUUUUCCGCCGGGAAUACAAUCCAAUCUCAAAAUGAUUCAUUUGCUAGAUCCAAAUUAUUAUAUUCGUACGAUAAUUAUUCUGUGCAAUCAGAAGAGAUGGCAGGGAAUGUUUAUCAAACAACCGUAGGUAGAACUAUGAAUUCGAGGCAUGUUUUGCCUCCUAAACGAAAUUCUAAUAUUGGAUUACAAACACCUACCUCUCAUCGCGCUAAAGUUGCACAUGUAAGUGUAGAGUUGAUUGAAGAUGUUGUUCUGAAAUCUUUCAAGAACCCAGUUGGGAAUAUUCUAGACUCCUCGGAUAUCAAGAAGUGUCAACUUUAUAUCUAUCAGUAUGCCAAGCUUUUGUUUCGAUGGGGACUACCAUAUAAGAGAGUAGAAUUACUGAAAAUCAGUAUUCAGGCAAUCGCCGAACAUUUGCACGAGAAUAGUUUCGACCUUGAGGAUUUGAACCGCGUAAAUAAUAACACUAUAGAGAUUAACUGGGUAUCUACCUAUGCAGAUGAUAAAGCAGUCAGUAAUUGCAACUAUUGUAAUUUAAAGAUCAAGGGUAGCAUGUAUGUAUGUGGUGGUUGCCAGCAUGUCCUUCAUGCAGAUUGUGCCAAGGAAUGGUGGGCGAUAGGGAACGAAUGUCCUUCAGGUUGUGGUUGUCACUGCCCUGAUAGGUAUAACCUGUGCUCUUGA